AUGUCCACCGUCAAAGUUAACACCAACAUCAAGGCCACCGCGGUAAUCAUCGGUGGAACGGGCCUCAUCGGCAUCUGGAUCUCGAAGGCCUUUCUCACCGAUUUCCGCUCUGCCUUCCCUACCGUGCGCAUCACGACUCGUGAUGUUAACUCCCCUAAGGCCCGCGAGCUUGCCGCACUCGGCGCCGAGCUCUACUCCUUCGACGACUCGCUCGACGCCGUCCUGAACGGCGCGGACGUCGUCGUCAACACGCUCCCGACCCACAUCCCCGCCACGGACGGGAAGAAGAUAAUCACAGCGGUCGCAGCGAGCGCCGCGAAGGUGUACUUCAUGAGCGAGUUCGGCGGCGACUACGCCCUCAACGACUUCCCCGGGUACGAGCACGCGGAGUGGCAGGUCAAGCGCGAGAUCGCCAAGGACACGCACGCCGCCAUGCCGGACAAGAAGGUCAUCGCCCUCAUCGCGGGCCUCUUCCUCGGCGCGUGCUUCAACUCCCCUUACGCGCCGCUGAUGGGCCUCGACGUCAAGGGCAACGCCUACCGGUCCCUCGGGCCCGCGACGACCCGCUUCACCGCGUCCGCGGAGAUCGACGUCGGGCGCGCGGUCGCGCGGCUCGCGGUCCUCGCGCUCGACCCGGCGACCGCCGCGCGCGUGCCGGGCACGGUGCGGCUCGCGCCGAACACGACGUCGCUCGCGGAGCUUGCGGACGCGGCGGCGCGCGUGCGCGGGGUGCCGCGGGGCGCGGUCGAGGAGGAGGACCUCGGCGCGUUCAAGCAGGCGCUGAGCGAGAGGCCGGCGGACUACAACCUCGGCGACUAUCUGAGGGUGCUCCUUGGGGAGGGGAAGCUCGACUUCUCGGCGAACAACGACAACGAGCUGAUCAACCCGGGGCAGAGCCUCUGGAAGUGGAAGACGGUUGAGGACGAGAUCCGUGAAGUCGCGUGA